AUGGAAGGAUCUACACAACAUCAUGGCAAUGGAUUGUCGAUGCCGCAACUGGGAUACCAGUUCCAUGACACCGUGGUAGAUGGUUUUGUCUUCGCUGACGACUGGUUCGUGUGUGCAGAAAAUCAGAGUCGCCUUAAAGAGAAGCUUGAAGCUGCUGCGAUCGAGUUGGGAAGAGCAGUCAUGAAAAUAAACGCCCGAAAGACGAAAAGAAUGAGGUCCAAAACCGUGACCGACAGUCUUGCGACUGCUCAGCCAUGUAUCGUCAACCCAGCCAACCGAGUGGUGUACAAGCUUUGCCUCUGGGGUGGUUUGAAACAGAAAUUCGACGCGACCGCAUUUACACCAUUGAUGAAGAACUGGCCAGAAUUUCGUAUGCACCACUUUCGCAAGCCCCGUCACGAAGAUAAUGGAUCUUACCGUGAUGUGACGUCUGCGUUUCUUCAUGACCCACUGAACUAUGAUGGAAGAGGUCCGUGCGACGCUCGCAGGGUUUCUCUUUCUAGUGGGUACAUCACCAAAGAUAUACGAUGCGAUUUCAUACCACGUACCUGCUUGAGUGACCUCGAUAAAGAACUUUUUCUGAUUGCUAGAGAAAGCGUAUCUGUGGAUCUGACUACAGUGGAUGUGCGUGACUUACCCGCAUGUCGAGAAAACCGUGUGCAUGUGUUGUCAACCCCACAAGCAAUGCUGAAGGGACGAGGACCAUCAAUUCAGGCUGAGGCGAGACCCACAUCCUGUACUAAACUGUAUUUAACAAAGUUCCAUAUGACUGUUGAAAGAGUUCAGCUGGGUAGACACCUAACAGAAGACAAGCUGGCGGACGAUAAAUCAAAUGAAAAUUCCGUCCUUUAA